CGUCAUCGGUCACAAGACCCGGAAAUUACCUAAAGCUUUCUAGCUGUGAUUGUUGUUUUCUAGCGAGCGAUGAUUUACACUGAAAAAACAUUUGUAAACUAAAACUGAAAGAAAGUAAGUCGUGUGUUCCUUACUUAAUUGGUUAAUAAUUGUUUUCAAACAUGGCGGCUACGAAUGAAAUAUCUCUACGGAAACUGCUGUCAAAGAUGUAUAAAUACAGGGAUAUGACCGUACGCGACAUAACAAACGCGACGUCUCAAUAUAAAGAUCUUAAACCUAUGAUGGACAACUACGUGUUCAAUGAUGGAUCCAACAAAGAGCUCUUGUGUCUUACAGGAACAGUGCCAGUAAACUUCCGAGGAAAUGUGUAUAACAUACCCAUAUGCCUGUGGCUUCUUGACACCUAUCCCUACAACCCUCCAAUCUGUUUUGUCAAACCCACAAGCGCCAUGAUGAUAAGAACAGGGAAACACGUUGAUGCUAAUGGAAAGAUUUACCUCCCAUACCUGCAUGAAUGGAAAGCUCCCCAGUCAGAUUUGCUUGGGUUGAUCCAGGUGAUGAUUGUGGUCUUUGGAGAGGAACCACCAGUAUUCUCACGGCCGGCUACUCAGUCACCUUACCCAUUCCCAGCUGCAGGCCCACCAAACACUUCUUAUAUGCCAAACACCUCAGGCUUACAAUUUAGUCAAAGUCACCCUACCAAUGCAGGAGGAUUUCAAGGCUACCCUUAUUCUCCAGCAGGCUCUGGUUAUCCGACUACAGCAGUCAUUUCUUCUUAUACUCCAGUGCCUGCUGUCACUACAGUUGGUCCCGCUCGUGAUGCUACCAUUGGAGAAGAUACAAUCCGUGCGUCCUUAGUCUCCGCAGUCACUGAUAAGCUGCGCAGGAGGAUGAAGGAAGAAAUGGAUCGAGCUCAGGCGGAGCUUGACGCUUUGAAAAGAACAGAAGAGGACCUAAAGAAGGGACAUCAAAAGCUGGAGGACAUGGUGAACAACCUAGACCUUGAAAUGACUAAUGUGGACAAGAACAUUGAGCUCCUUAAGCAUAAAGAUGAGGAACUGACUGCAGCUCUUGAAAAAAUGGAGAACCAGUCGGAGGACAGUGACAUUGAUGAUGUGAUUUCACCCACUGCUCCUCUUUAUAAGCAGAUUCUGAGUCUUUAUGCUGAGGAAAAUGCAAUAGAAGACACUAUCUUCUAUCUGGGAGAAGCAUUACACAGAGAUGUCAUUGACUUGGACGUCUUUCUUAAGCACGUGAGGCUUCUCUCCAGGAAACAGUUCCAGUUACGAGCCUUAAUGCAGAAGGCCCGGAAAAUAGCAGGUCUUAGUGACCUGUACUGACCGGCAUUCGACAUUUGAUUUGUACUACAGGCCUUGGGCUUAUCUAUUUAAAUUGCAACUUUAACCAUGGGGUUCAUAUAUAACUCUUAACCGUACCAGGACCAAAACCUAUAAUCUCAAUGAAACGUUUACAUUAAGUAUAACUUACAACCAGUGUACUGAAUAUUUUUAUGCUUAGAAAUAAGUAUAUAAAUAUAAAAUGAAGUGACCUUUAUGAAUUUCCCUUCAUAGAGGGGGAAAUGAAGGACGGAAAUCAAACAGUUACAUAUAUGCUUAGCUAAGGGGUUCAGCUAAGGGGCCUUAUAAAAACAGCAAUCGUUGCACUUUUUGUAACUUGUGCCUCAUAUAUCUUAGUGUCUUUUUGGAUAUACUGUAGGGUAAAAGGAGAGUAGCUUGGGAAUUGCAUUUAAUAUGCUCAACCUGAAUGUCUUGUUUUUAUAUUGCAUUUGAAUAAAAUAUUUAACGACCUGUAAUAAAUCUCUUACAAUCAGCACUUUUUGAGAUAUUUUAAUAAAUCAGUCUUCUGUAACCUAUCAUAAUGUAGUAGUAUACAAAAUAUUGUUGUUUUUUUUGGCCUAUUAUGCUUCUCCACACUAUAACUUGAACACUUUUAUAGACCAACUUGUGAUUUUAAAAUGCUUUGUCAUGCAUAACUUUUCAUUAUUUACAGUUAUGUUAUUUAGUCAGUUAAUGUAUUGGUGCAGAGGACCAUUAAACAAAUAAUUAUGGAGUUAAGUACAAUGCACAGAAUAUGCAGAUAUCUCUUGAUUUAACUAUUAAAUAUCUUUUUGAUGAAUGUAUUAAACCACCAAUUUGAAGAUAACUUUUUACUGCCUUUAUUUACAAAGAUCGAGUAUUGUAGCUAUACUGGUUUUAAAUGUAACUAUUCUUAUCGAUAAUGAAGUGUUUACUUAUGAUCAAGGGGAAACAAUGUUGUAAUCAAAGUAUUGUUCAGUUUGUCUCGAAGGUAUGAGGUUAUUUAUCCUAUCCAAAAUAAACAAUUAAAAUAA